AUGAAUCGAUAUGGAUUGGAAGGAUUGACAUCGUUAGUGAGAAUGGACCAAUCGGAUCUCACCAAUUUUGCCAUAGGGCAAGAUAUAAGUAAAAGUGGAUUAGACCUAAGUAAAGACUCAGAAAUAUUAAAAAAUCUUGCAUCACCAUGGGCAGAAACUUCACGAUCAGAAGUAGAGCCAUAUUUCACCUUACCUCCUGAGAUAAGAUCAGAGAAUAUCGUACCUGGUCCUGGUCCUUGCGAUAACAAAAUCCAAAGUUUUACCGACGAAACCUUGUUUUAUAUAUUCUAUAUGAAACCAAGAGAUACAUUGCAAGAAUAUGCUGCUAGAGAAUUGGUGGCUAGGAAUUGGAGAUAUCACAAGGACAUUCAAGUAUGGUUGACUAAAGAUAGUAAUGUAGAACCUGUGUUGAUAAGUCAAGAUGUGGAAAAGGGUGUAUACAUAUUCUUUGACCCUCAUAAUUGGGAAAAGAUUAGAAAGGAAUUUGUAUUACAUUACUCUUCUGUUCAAGCAUAA